AUGAUCGCCAUCUCUCGCCGAUUCGGCGAUCAAGCCGUCGACGACCACUCUUGGCUUGCCGCCCUGACCGACCAAGCAGACAUCGUCGCCUCGCUCUUCCUGGCUCGGUUCCUGCUGUUGAAGAUCGACAGGCGGGCAGAGUGUGAAGAUGAACCGGAUGACGCUUAUGAUGACAGCGACUCUGAUGACGCCGCUUCCGAGCGCUCCACGCCAUCUUCACAAAACGGCCGCAUCCUGAGCCUUCUGGAAAAAGCUGCAGGGGCCGGCCAUCCAAUGGCCCACCUGAGUCUGGCCAAGUGUUAUCUCACCGGUCACGGAGCCGACCAAGACCACACCAAAGCCAUCGGGCUGCUCCAUGAAUGUGCCAACCGCGGAAUCGCUCAGGCCAGUGCCAGUCUCGCCCAAUGUUACGAGAACGGGGAGGGUGUCAAGCAAGAUCUCACCACCGCCAUCGAGUGGUACACCAAAGCUGCCAGUCAAGGCGACAAAAGUGCUCGCCUUGGAGCAACAUUCCUUGGCGGCUGGGUCUCAUUCAUCGGCCACGGUGUCGAGCAGAGUGAUGUCGAUGCCUUCAGCCACUGGCAGGAGCAGCUUGCCAACGAGGGUCACAGCGAUAGCCAGUUUUGGACCGGAUGCUGCUAUUUCUAUUACCGAGGAGUUCCGAGAAGCUACUCCAAGGCGUUCUACUGGUUCAGCAAGGCAGCCGACCAGGACAACUCGUACGGGCAGUGGAUGGUUGGUGCGUGCUACGGCAACGGGUGGGGAGUCACCAAGGACGAAACCAAGGCAGCCGAGUGGUAUCGCAAAUCGGCUGAGCAGGGCAACCAACACGGACAGGUCCGGCUGGGAAACUGCUUCAGGAAUGGUCUUGGUGUGGCCAAAGACAUCGACACCGCCGUCUUGUGGUAUCAUAGGUCAGCAGACCAGGGGUGGUGGGAAGCAAAGCACGAGCUGAAGCGCCUGGGCAAGUAUCAAGAAUGA